UUCGUUGAUUUUGUAGCUCCUCCGGAUGUCGAUUUUCUAUCAUUCUACGCACUCCCUCACCGCCUCUACAAUCGCCGUUCCUCUCUGCUCGCGCUUCCGUGUUCCGCCGGAAAUCUGCUUCUCUUCGCAUCAUCGCCGCCGUUCAUCUCUCUUGCUCUCCUCCAAUCCUUAUGCUAGCUCCGCCGCUUGCAGCGCAGCAGUACGUCCGCCACCGGACUCCGGUCCGCCUCCCGACAAGGAUCCGAUUCGUGCAAAAGGUUUCCCAGCAUUUUUCUCAAAAUUUCAGGACAGAGUACAGAUUUUCUUUGCUGUGUUAUUCUGGAUGUCCCUCUUCUUCUGGACUUCAGUAUUGGAUGGAAAAAAUAGACCCAAUAAGGGCUCUCGAUUUAGACGAUAGCUUUGUAAACAAGCAAGCAUUAUUUUGUAAAGGAUUGUAGGUUAAUACAUAAUAGUGUUAGGCUACUUUAGUAUAUUUUAGAUGAUGAUACCAAACAUGGAAGGCUAUAUACCCUGUAUAUUGUGUAGCUGCAUACUGAGUGGUCUAAGAAACAAUUGGAAGUAAACCGACAUGGAAAGCUGUAUUCUGUUUUGUACUCUAAUCAAGUUUCAUGAAUUUCGUUAAGGGACGUUUUGUUUUAGGGAUUUUAGAUGUCUAGAAA